CGCGCAUGCUCACAAAGGAGAGAGCGAGUCUGAGCGGAGCCCGUCCCCCUCGACGCAGCCACCGCCAGACCAGAGCCCACCCUCCCGCGCCGUAGACGGCGUUCACUCCUGGCCGGUCGGCCAGCCAGCCAGCCAACCCUGCCUCCUCCCAGCGCGAAAGCCUUCUGUGCGUGCAAUCCUCUCACACGAACAAACGACACAUACUUAUGCCGUGAGCGGCUGCGCUUGCACAAGAUGGCGGCGUCACCCCUAGUGUCCGCGACAGAGGCCACGGGGCUUCUGCUCUCGAGAGCGUCCGUGAGAACGAGUGUCCGCCGCGAGGCAACUGCGUUUCACAUGCAACCGUUACACAAUAAAAGCACCGCGUCUGCGAUGGGGCUGGCCAAGUGCCGUCCGCGUGUUUCGGCUGUGACAGCUCCAGUGGAAUAGCAUGCGCUUCAAGUGGCCGUCAGCUCUCUCGCAUCCAUCCCAGACUGCAGUGACUAUUUCUGCUGUUGGAUGGAUUUACUGCUACGAAAACAGUUUGCUUUCACAUCCUGCGUGUGCCCUUCACAUAUUUUCUCUUUCAGAUAUGAAACUGAGGAUUAAUCGUACACAACGAGACAGUAAAUACAUCCCCCUAGAGCCAAAUGAAGACCUAGCACAUCUAGUACAACACAGCAUGGACGUCAGCGAGCGGGACGUUGCGGUGAGAUCCAGGAACUGCGACGUGGCAACGCCGCCCGCGCCAGUGACUCAGCAGCAGCAGGCCGCGCUGUCGGCCGCCCCCUCCCCAACCCAGGCCGCCGCCCACGGCUUGCUCGUCGGGCAAGUGCGGCCGGGUCGGGUCCCGCUCGGCUCGGCUCCCAGCAUGGGGCGUGUGCUGAGGCGGCCGGCCGUGGCUUACCAACUGCGGAGAUCAAACUGCUUUCGUCCUACGAUGACUAUCAUUACAAUUCCUUAUUUUCACUAACAUUAUGAAUGUUUUUCACUACUUGAACUGUUCACACUGUACAGUAGAAAACGAAAGCAGAAUAAUCCGAAACGAGUGCUAAAUAGCACAUACUUUCUCGCAUUACUUCCAGUAUAUCAUACAGGCAAGCAAGGAUAAUUUCAAAUAUAAAUUGAACAUCCAGAACUUAAGGCCAUCCAAUACAUCGCAUUAUGAAUGCUUUCGAAACGACCAUAUUAUUAUAGCCUUAAGCAUAUUACGUAUUAAUCCAUUUCCCUCAACUUGAAUAUAUUAUUUUAUUGAAGGCAACUUUAAGUAAAUAAAACAUAAUCUAAUCUUUCCCAUCACGACACCGUUCAACAACGAACUUUUCAAAUAUCCAUCGCAGCAUUGUUGGCCAAUGCAGCAUAUAGUGGUAAUAUACAAUAGUAAGAAAAGUUAAUACGAAAUUACGGUACUCAAUUUUUUUUCAAUUAUUCAUUC